AUGUUAUUAUUAUUCUAUACAGGUGCAAUAAAUCCCUUAGCGCCCGGCGCUAGACGUAAUUUCCAUCCGGCGCAGGCGCGAUGGGGCACUGUUUCAGACAGACCUCACGCGUUCAGUUUAAGGCCCAACUCCUACAUCUGGAUUGCGUCUUCAGAGCUCUUCGGGGCUGGCAAGACGUUUCCUAGGGAGUUUACGUUAUUUAUCUCUUUGAGGCUAAGGCCCGAGGUAAGUAAUCGCUAUAAGAUUAUAAAUAACUGACUAGCUGUUUUCCCGUAGCCUUAUCUUAUAUCAGCCACAUAUGAUGUAGUUUCCCGUAGAUGAAAGAAUACGCAUUAUUAGAUCAGUGUCUGUGAAAACAACCCGUUCCAAACUACCCUUUGUAGUGGAGGAUACGGCCAAGGCACCCUAUUCUCAUUAAGGUCGAGGCGUAGAACAGGAUCGUUCCUGUCUUUAGAGCUAGCAGGGAGGGGAGCAGCGAGACUGGUCCACGCGGGAGCAGGGUCGUCAAGAUCCAUCUAUCUUGCCGUACCGUUAUAUGACUUCCGCUGGCAUCAUAUUGCCAUCAGGUAACGUUCAUUCAAUAUGCUCGAAACGUCGCGAUCGCAAUCCCUGUCACAUGUCAAAUAGUUGUAUCAUGAAGUUCUUGAAUCUUUCAAAUGUCACAUUGUAAAUAAUUUUGAUAGAUUAGACAAUUAGGCGUCUGGAUCGCGGGUGGUUGGAUAGGCUAUCUCUAAUGAUUCGUUUGGUCUGGAUGCGUCUUUAACUAUUACAAUAAUAAUGUUUUUCAUGUCCAUUCAAACACAAGUCCAACAUAAAACGACACUCAUUAACCAUUGGAUAAACACAAUACGUCGGGGCACUUUUAAUCGGAUGCCAAGCAUUUCUGAAAGUUUCCUGCUCAGUCUCACUUAAUAACUGCAAAAUAAACGGUGUGCUACGUCACACCGUUACACCAAUUUUAGUCAUUAUACUUAAUACUUAAUAAGUUUAUGACCGGGUUUUGUUCACAAGUAGUUUCGAGGAAGUAAGUGAACUUUGAUACAUUUACUGUCAACGGUAUUAGUUUUGCCAUAAUUCAGCAUUUUAUAAACCGUUCGCAGUAAAGUAAUAAUAUUUGCCUUAGCGCUAGUUAUAACGCCUUGAAGUGCCAAAUGGCUAAAAAGGGGGCACUGGGGAAAUACUAGGUGUUGUAUUAUAAUAUAUAAUUAUUUCUUAUUGUACAGUGUCCAUGAUGACAACACGGUAAGGGCAUACGUCGACUGCCGUUGGUUAAGAACGGAUGUCCUAGAAAAAGAUGCCCUGGACACACCGAGGGACGCUGAUCUUAUAAUAGGAUAUCUUUUCUCGGGCGAUCUCGAACAACUCGUGUUAGUACCACGGGCUGGUGAAGCUCAGAAACAAUGCUCUAGUCAAGUAACCGGACUUCUAACACCAUAUGUGACCCUUGACUCUUCAUCUUAA